AUGGCCAUAGGCGUGGCUCUUCUCGCCUUCAUCGUCUUCUGCGCAUGGCGGUUGUACACUGCCAUCAAGCUCAAGAGCAAGCUUCCUGAGGGGGCGAAGCCUCUCCCAGGGCCCAAGGGUCUCCCUCUCAUCGGACGUGUUCACGAUGUACCAGCUGAGGCGGCUUGGCUCAAGUUCUACGAGUGGAGCAAGGAGUAUGGUCCCAUCUACCAGCAAGAGAUGUUCGGUUCCGUCCACAUCUGGAUCUCCUCGGAGCAGGUUGCCCACGACCUCCUCGGCCGCCGCAAUAUCAUCUACUCUGACCGGCCCAUGAUCCCCAACCUUCCGGACAAUAGGACGAGCGGCGACUACCUCGCCCUCCUCGGCCGCACAGAAACCUGGAAGCGCCAGCGCAAGCUUUGCCACCACCUCAUGAACCAGAGUGACAAGCAGGAGCUCCACGACUACCCGACCCGCGAGCGUGAUCGUUUCUUGUGGCUGCUGUACCAGAAGCCCAGUGAGUAUCGCGAGUACAUUGAGCAGUUCACCAGCCGUACUGUCAGCCGUCUCUCCUGGGGCUCUGCCCACCCCGCCCGUAUCCUGCGCAAGACCACCUUUGGCCUGCUUGAAACCAUCUCGCCCGCCGGUGCUCUUCCCAACGUCGUCUCCUUUCUCAUGCACGUCCCAGCUGCGCUGUCGCCGUGGAAGAAGAAGGAGAAGGAACGCCACGAGAUUGAGUCGAAGCAGUUCACCAGCAACGUUCAGUACGUCAAGGACCAGCUUGAAAAGGGCACCGCGCAACCGAGCUUCAUCAGCACCUUCAUCACCGAGGGCCUUGGCAACGAGAAGGGCAAAUGGGGCGAUCUCAACGAGGCCCAGAACGUCGUCGGUCUCAUGGCCAUCGCCGGUGCUCUGACCAUCGGCAGCCCCAUCCAGAGUUUCCUCCUCGCCAUGCUGCAUUACCCCGAGUGGCAGGCCAAGCUGCAAAAGGAAAUCGACGAGGUCUGCGGAGGUAAAUGCCCGCAGUGGGCGGACCGUGAGAAGCUGCCCAUGUUGAGAGCCGUCGUCAAGGAGGUCAUCCGCUGGAGACCCCCUGUCCCUACUGGCAUUCCCCACGCGCUUGAGAAGGACGACGUCUACAACGGUUACUUCAUCCCCGCGGGCGCCACCAUUCACGCUCUUGAGUGGGGCAUCACCCGUGACGAAUCCAUGUACCCCGACCCCGAGUCUUUCAACCCCGGCCGCUGGCUGCUGCCCGAGUACCCGACCUACAAGGAGCCUCUCACCCGUUUCCCCGCCCUCGACGGAUUCAGCCAGUUUGGGUUCGGCCGCAGAACCUGCCAAGGCGUCCCCAUCGUCGACCAGGAUCUCUUCCUGACCAUGGGCGGCAUGGCCUGGGCCUUCAACAUCCAGCACAAGCGCAACGCCGAUGGUACCAAGGUCCCCGUCCACUGGAACGACUACACCCCGCUUCUGAUCGCCAAGCCGGCCCCCUUCGAGUUCGACACCAUCAUCCGCACACCUGAGAGGGCCGACCUGCUGCGGUCCAUGUUCGAGGCCGCCAAGGAGGAGGAGGAGCACGAGGAGAAGAUGAUGAAGCUGGGCAUGCCCGACGUCGACACGCGCGACCAGAAGAAGAGCGGCCCAAUCUCGACCAAGCCGCCGUCCCUGACGAUGAAUCUCCGCCAGCGUAAGGAGGAGGGCGACCGCGAGAAGGUGUACCGCGAGCACGAGCGCGACAUUCCCGGGUGCCCCGGGCGGUGGGCGACCGAGAGCGACAUCGACUCGGGCAACGAGAAGGGGUACGUUGACGAGGACAGCUGCUCGGGAAGUUCAUCGCCCGCGAUGCUGCCAUAA